UAACCAGCAGCUGGCGCCUUUAAGAGCGAGCGCUGGUUAACCGGGGGCGGGAGCCGCCGGCAGCCGGCAAGGCGGAGGCACUGCCGGGCGAUGCCCCGACUCUCCGCCGCCGCCUCGGCCUCCUCCUGCGCUGGGGGCUCGGAGCUGCAGAGCUGCGGUGCGAUGUCCGCAAACUUCCGGGAGGCAGCGGUCACCAACUCCCGGCUCUCUCGCCGCGGCGCCUUUUGUGCGAGGCAAACAGAUUCUUGUGGAAGAUGGAGCUGUGUCCAUUUUCCAGAAUGUGCAUCCGAGCCCAUCAGUGGAACCUGACCUGACAGCACUGUAUGGAAAUGCCCGAAGAGGACCCACAUUUCUGCCUGAACCUGCCACCCUCCUAAAAACAUGGUUGUCUCCGGAGUGUUGACUGCUCCGGCAGUGUUGACUACACCCCAUACUGGGACAUCCAACAUGACAUUUGUAGUCUAUGAAAACUCCCCUGUGAAUAUUACGGCCCCUCUACCAUUUCAGCAUCCUAGCCCUGGUCCACUGCUUAGAUACAGUCUUGAAACCAUGACUAGCACUGGAUUUAGUUCCUUGGCAGUGAACAGCACAGCGGUGACUCCAGCACCAGCAGUUUUUAAGAGCCUAAACUUAGCUCUCCAGAUCAUUCUCUCGGCUAUCAUGAUAUUUAUUCUGUUUGUGUCUUUUCUUGGAAACUUGGUUGUUUGCCUCAUGGUUUACCAAAAGGCCGCCAUGCGCUCUGCAAUUAACAUCCUUCUCGCCAGCCUGGCUUUUGCAGACAUGCUGCUUGCUGUAUUGAACAUGCCCUUUGCCCUGGUCACUAUUCUUACUACCAGAUGGAUAUUUGGGAAGUUCUUCUGUCGGUUGUCUGCUAUGUUUUUCUGGUUGUUUGUGAUAGAGGGCGUGGCCAUCCUGCUCAUUAUUAGUAUUGAUAGGUUCCUGAUUAUCGUUCAGAGGCAAGAUAAGCUAAAUCCAUACAGGGCUAAGGUUCUCAUUGCAGUCUCCUGGGCAACUGCUUUUUCUGUAGCUUUUCCUCUGGCUGUGGGAAACCCUGAUCUGCAGAUACCUUCCAGAGCCCCACAGUGUGUAUUUGGGUAUACUACCAACUCCGGAUAUCAGGCUUAUGUGAUUUUGAUUUCACUCAUUUCAUUCUUUAUACCUUUCCUGGUGAUACUCUAUUCAUUUAUGGGCAUCCUCAACACCCUUCGGCACAAUGCCUUGAGGAUUCAUAGCUACCCGGAAGGGAUAUGCCUCAGCCAGGUCAGCAAACUUGGUCUCAUGAGUCUACAGAGACCCUUCCAAAUGAGCAUCGACAUGAGUUUUAAAACACGUGCCUUCACCACCAUUUUGAUCCUCUUUGCCGUCUUCAUUGUCUGCUGGGCCCCAUUCACCACCUACAGCCUUGUGGCUACCUUCAGUAAGCACUUUUACUAUCAGCACAACUUCUUUGAGAUUAGCACCUGGCUACUGUGGCUCUGCUACCUCAAGUCUGCAUUGAACCCACUGAUAUACUACUGGAGGAUUAAGAAGUUCCACGAUGCCUGCUUGGACAUGAUGCCCAAGUCCUUCAAGUUCUUGCCACGGCUCCCUGGUCACACAAGGCGACGGAUUCGCCCUAGUGCGGUCUACGUGUGUGGGGAGCAUCGGACGGUGUUGUGAAUACCUGAAUUCUUGAGACCUAUCUAAUGAUGAUGGUUCUUGAUUGACUGGGAUUUUUUCCUAUGGCUUCUAAAGUUUUAUUGGUUUUAAUAGUGUGUGUGCGUGUGUGGGGGCAUGUAAACGGAAUGGUAAAUACUUUGCUCCUCAAACCAAGGUAAUACUAAGAAAGUGGUCAUAUAUGUUUACCU